AUGCAAAUUUUGUCCUCUGUCGGAAUUAGGGGCUUGGCCAAGUCGUUGACGCUUUUCAAUGGAGUUUCUAUAAUUGUUGGUUGCAUCAUCGGUUCAGGAAUAUUUGUGAGUCCCACUGGUGUACAGGAAAAAGCGGGUUCAGUCGGUCUUUCAUUGGUCGUGUGGGUCGUGUCGGGAAUUUUUGCCGCCAUUGGUGCUUACUGUUAUGCUGAAUUAGGAACACUGAUUCGUAAAUCUGGUGGCGACUAUGCCUACAUUAUGGAAGCGUUUGGACCGUUUCUGGCAUUUGUUCGAUUGUGGAUAGAGAGCAUCGUUGUGAGGCCGUGUACAGCAACGAUUGUUGCGCUCACGUUCGCAAUUUACAUGCUUCGUCCAUUUUAUCCUGAUUGUGAUCCACCUGCUGGCAGCACUCAAUUACUUGCAGCGGCUCUUCUCAUUUUGCUUACUGCGAUAAAUUCUAUUUCUGUGCGUCUUGCAACAUUCGUGCAAGAUUUUUUCACGGUGGCCAAAAUAUUUGCUCUUGUGAUGAUUAUUGCCACCGGAGCGAUCCUUCUAUGCACAGGGAAACCACAAUAUUACGAGUCGUUUGAGAACAUAUUUGAGAACACCGCACAUGAUUUCAAAACUGCUUCGCUGGCAUUCUAUUCUGGUUUAUUCGCAUAUCAAGGAUGGAAUUAUCUUAAUUUCAUCGUCGAGGAGUUGCAGAAUCCUAAACGAAAUCUUCCUCUUUCUAUCGCCAUUUCUUGUACCCUUGUCACUGUGAUUUACACAUUGACAAAUAUUGCCCUCUAUACUGUCAUAUCGCCUGAUGAGAUGCUUGCUAGUCCUGCUGUUGCCGUGUUAUUCGCUGAGAAAAUGUACGGCAGCUUUGCUUUCAUCAUGCCAGUUUUUGUCGCCUGCUCUACGAUAGGUUCUGCGAAUGGUGUUAUAUUUACAAGUUCACGACUCUUCUAUGUUGGUGCGAGGGAAGGACACAUGCCUCUGAUUUUGACAAUGAUCAACAAAAACACGCGAACUCCUAUUCCUGCCGUCGUCUUUACUGUCAACCUAAUUUUCCCCGCAAUCUUUUUCCUGGGGUGUUGUGCGCUUGUCAUAGUACCCAUAAUUGGUGCACCAAAAGAUACUGCGAUUGGCUUGCUCAUCAUGCUCACUGGAGUUCCAGUUUACCUCUUAUUCGUGGCAUGGAAAAACAAGCCACGCUGCUUUAAUAACACGUCUAGACUACUUACUGUUUUCUGCCAGAAAAUGUUCAUGGUCAUAGACGACAAUAAGAAAGAGUAG